AUGAACGAGGAGGACAUAGCAGCCCGUAACUUUGUCACAACCGACCUGGAAAAGGGUUCUGUGAGUUUAGGUACCAAGACUCUGUCGCUAAAUUUUAUUUCACGGAUUAAGAAUGAUCUUCACAUAGAAUACGAUACGUGUCAAACAGCUUUGAGAGAGUGGUUUACUUUUGGCAGCCCUGCAACUGCUUAUAUGAUCGUUCUAGGUAAUAAAAACAUUGAGCUUAUGCAGGAAGAUCCCAUGACAAAUGGCAUAUUCAAAAUAUUACCGCAAUGCCAUGCUGCCCCACAUUAUUUCAAAUGGAGGAGGCCGAAAGAUGCCUCUGUGUCUGAGAUUCGAACAAAAGUCAUCAAACUUAUCAAUAAGAUGACAAAACUCCUCAUGGCUAGCGUAUGGAUCUCAACGGGAUUUCCAAUGAGAUAUACAGAGUUGAGUAUACUAUCUGUGGGCGGUACGUCCAGAAACCUGUAUGUCGACUCAGAUACUCGUCUCUUCUACUUCAGAGUGACGUAUAACAAAAACAGAAAGUUCGAUAACAGAAUAUUCAUGAUGGACCUACCAGUGACAAGGAACUUAUUCUGGUUUGUGUACAUUUUACGUCCGUUUGAGAUCGAAUUGCUGAGCCAGAUGUUGGACGUGACGGACAGUAGCAUGCUUAUUGGCCAUUUCACAAAUGCCGUUCGUCAAGAAAUUGAGCAUGAAGCUGAAGAGCUGUUAGCUACUGAUGGUGACGAAUUCAAUGAGGAGACCAACCAGUUGGUCGAAACGAGUGAAGCAUUGAUCGAGGAACUCAGGACAAAACAGGCUGCUGGGUUGGCUGUUAUGUGCACGUGUAUUUUUGUGGAUGUUGAGAGGUUCAAGUUGGUGACUCUUUCUACUUUUAAUGGUAUUUUGUUGAAGUACCCAAAGAAAAGAAGUGCAAGGGAGAAUAUGAAAAUUAGUGGCUUGAGACAAUGCCUUGCUGGUUUGUGGAAGGAUAUAAUAAGGCCCUCUUUAGAAGGUGACGUCGUGCCGGUACGUACGCCAGCAUUAUUUGGACACAGCAAGCAAACCCACGAGGUUGUUUAUGGUGUAAAUCCAAGUAGAGACUUUCCAACAAACGGCAGUUUCGAUGAUUACUAUGCUUACAAAAAACUAGCGCAAGAAUUUCAAUCAUUAACACAGUACACCCUUGUACAGACAAAACGUACUUUUGAGGCGCUUGUUGUAGAACCACAGGAACGUCAGUGUCAUGAGGCCGAGGCAGGAAUAUAUGAUCUGUUGAAAGCAGGCGGUGAACUGUUUGAGAACUUUGAGUUUAAAAGCUCAGCUCAAGAAAGAUUCACUAGUGCUGUUCUGAAUUCUAAUGAACGGUUGCUGGCUCUUCAAGCAAUCACCGCCUUUGGGAGAUCUUUAACAUUUAUUCUGCCUAUGUUGGCUCUCAAGAGAAAGCAACGUGGGAAAUAUGUCCAUUUUGUAGCUGUUCCUUACGAAUCGUUGAAGAUGGCCACACGUACGAAGUUGGAAAACGCAGGUUUGGUGGUUGGAGAAACAGGUAUGUUGACAGACCUGCAUGCUGAAGCUAAUCUUUCAGGCGUGGAUGUACUCGUCGGUUGUUUUGAUAGCUAUGGAGAUGCUGGUGUUGCUGAUGCAAUGAAAAGGUGUGAGAAGGUGUUCAGCACAAGACGUAGUCGUGGCAUUUUUGUUUUUGAUGAAGCCCAUGUCUUGUGGCUAGAGAAAUCAUUUCGAGACAUUUUCCAUUCAGUGAAAGGUCUCAACUGGAAAUCAUUUUUGAAGGUGGCGUUUGUUUUUGCUAAGCUGCCUGAGUGGUUGUUGGAAAGAAUAUGCCAGGAAAGGAGAAUAGAAAAUGAAGUGUGGGAGAAGAGAUUGUAUGUAGAUGCUGUAAAAAAGGCACCUAAUCAAAAUAUACCUGUGGACGUAGAAAACGUAAGAAAAAUACAAAUUGUCGAGAGGACUGCCGCCAUGAUUUUGAAUUACUUGGGGAACAGCACUGCUAGCAAGGCGGUGUUUUUCUUUGGUGCCAAGGCGACGAUGGAUGCUGUGAGAAGAAGGGUGAAUAACCACGAAGUAGGCAUGGUUCAUGCGGAUUUGGACAGUGAAACGAAGAGAUCUAUCUUUGAUGAUUUUGAGAAUCCUGAUUCCCCCGCUAGAGUUAUUCUGGGAACCAAGCUUAUUUCGAAUGGCUUAGAUUGUGCGAGUGUGAAUUGUGUUUGUGUUAUUGAUUGUAACAUGACAAUUAUCGAGUAUCUCCAAAUGAUAGGUAGAAUAAGAGGUGAAGGAUAUGUGAAAGUGAUGGUGACCAGGGCAGCUUCAAUGAGAAGGGAGAUUGACGAGGAUGACCCCCUAAUGAGAAUAUUGAGGGCAUUGCCAGACAGUAGAAGAUCGCUGGGGCCGUCUUAG